GAAGAAGAAGUUUUCGGUUCAAGGGUCACGGUGAAUUUGCUUCCGGUGUAGCUGGGGUCACACUAAGGGGGAGUUAAAUCUAAUAUACUUCAAAAAUGCUGCUACGAAGGGCGUUACAGAUCGGGACGCUGUCACUGAAACACGGCAGGUGCGUCCACCACAGUCCCGUAUGGAGGAGUCCCCUUAUUCCGAUCGUCGUGGAGCAGACGGGGAGAGGAGAACGGGCGUAUGACAUCUACUCUCGCCUUCUUAGAGAGAGAAUCAUUUGUGUAAUGGGUCCUAUUGACGACUCUGUAGCCAGUCUGGUUAUCGCCCAGCUGCUCUUUCUACAGUCAGAAAGCAACAACAAGCCCAUCCACAUGUACAUCAACAGUCCUGGUGGUGUGGUGACAGCAGGUCUGGCAAUUUACGACACUAUGCAGUACAUACUUAAUCCCAUCUCCACCUGGUGUGUUGGCCAGGCGGCCAGCAUGGGCAGCUUGCUCCUGGCAGCAGGGACGAGCGGCAUGAGGCACUCGCUGCCCAACGCUCGCAUCAUGGUUCACCAGCCUUCAGGAGGCGCUAGGGGUCAGGCCACAGAUAUCGCUAUCCAGGCCGAAGAGAUCCUGAAGCUGAAGAGACAGAUCAAUAACAUCUACGCCAAACACACGGGGCAGCCGCUCGAAACCAUCGAGGGCGUGAUGGAAAGAGAUCGCUACAUGAGCCCCAUGGAGGCGCAGGACUUUGGCAUCAUCGACCGGGUCCUGGUCCACCCUCCCCAGGCAGGCCAGGACGAGCCGGAGCUGGUGCAGAAAGAGCCGGCAGCCACAGCCAGUCCGUCGCCACAGCCGGAGCCUGCGGCCCCCGAGCAGACCUCCCCAGGGUCCAACCCCCCCUCUUCAUACAAGCCAGAGCCAUGAACUCACCACAGCAGACCUGUGUGAGAUCUGCAGGCUCCUCCUCAGGAUCAAAUACCCCCCGUCACAUCCUGAGAGGAGCGAGGCCCGGCCUUUGUGGUGCUUCUCUUUCCGUAAAACCGUUGUUCCUUCCCCCUAGUCGACACACACGCAGACGCCCUUCUGGUUUCACGUGCGUCAGAAAGUUACAUGUGUUUUCUGACAAAUCCGAUUAAAUGAGGCCUAAGAAGUAGAAGGCAGACAUUUCUUACUUCACACACAUAUAGGAUUCAAGCCUCUGAUGGAGGCUACAGUAUUUCAGUAGAGUUGGUUUUAGUCUUUACAGUGUAAAAGCAAACUGGUGGAGUUACUGUAGUCGACAUGAGUCAUUCAAAAGGUGGGGAAACCUGUUUAGACCACACCUUUUUUUUUCUUUUCUUUUUAAAAUCUUCCUUGUUGAAGAUCAUGAGUGACCGACCUUGUAUUUGAUAACAUAUUUGUAAUAAAUAUGACCACAAUUCACAUUCUUGUGUUGUUCUUCGCAUUGAUCGCUCAUGGGGAAAUUAAGCUUCUGAAAUGGACCCACGCCAGCCGACUCCUUGGUUUCAAAACUAAACAGUGCCCUCUGCUGGAAAUGAGCAUCGUUCACCAUUAAGAUGUUUGUUAUUUUAAAUGCAGGGUUUUGGCUUCACACGUUUUCUGUGAUUGGAUUAAAAGAAACAAAAAGCUGAAAAUUACAAGUUUAUUUACAUUAUUUUAUGAAAGACAUUAAAAGACAAGAAAUCUCAAGAGAAAACAAAACAAAAAAAAACACCGGAACUCAAAGGCUUACACUUAGAAAUUGAGUCUGUUAAAAACAAAACAACUGUGUAAAGAAAUGUGCAAUAUGUUUAAGACAUUUAAGAAAUGUUGAGUGUAUUUUAAGGAACCUGUGGAUAAAAGUGGACAAAUGUUAGGAGAAAAUACAGCACAGGAUAUCUUUUUUAAAAA